AUGUCUGAUGUCGCAAAACUGGAUCAGCUCUUACCUCUCGACCCGAACGUCCCAAGCGUACCGUAUCAAGCGCACGAGAACACCCCCGUGUACGUGCCGUGGACGCGCAAACGCGUCGUGCUGGGGACAGGCCUCGACAUCUCUCAGACGGGGAACUCCAAACCCGGCGAAGGCGACCUGCGGCUUCGGCCGUCUGCGUUUGCCGGGCUCUUGGAUCCUCCUAGCGCGAGCAUAACCUUCAAACCAGCCGACGCAGUGAACUCAUUUCGACAGAGCUCAUCUACAGCCAGCGCAUCUUCGUAUGAGCAUCUCGACAUGAGCAUGAAUCUGUCAGCUGGAGGAUCUCUCGUUGGCGCGUCUGGUCGCGGGGCUUUUGCAAAGAAUGUAGCCAUGAAUAGAGAUAGCAAUAAAGUAUCCCUGCAAGCAUCGCUGCGAAUAGGGCACAUCACGUUCUCCUCAUCGCCGACACUUUCCGCGGAGUCUCGAACUAUCUUGGCCGCGUCUCCUGAUCAAUUCCACGAAAUGUACGGGUCAUAUUUCGUAUCAGCGCUGUCGAUUGGCGCGGAUACAUCCACCUUUCUCUCCACCUCGUCAGCUAUGGAUAUUCAAUCCGAGAUGCGUGAUAUACAGGCCAAAGCUAAGGUGCUGUGGGUGACUGUGUCCUACCGCAGUCACUACGAAGCGUCCUCAGCGUAUGAUGCAUGCGACAUCACGUAUGAGGGCUUCGACACGCUCACGAACCACCAUCAGAACAUGCACGCAUCGGACAGAGGACAGUACAGCGAGCUCAUGACACAGGCGACCGUGAACGUAGCAGGAGGCAUCAGAUUGGUGGAACGCGUGAAGGAGAAGCUACAGGAAUUGGGCUUGGAUUACAAGGCAGAUUCUGACGAGGGCGAGCUAGUUGCGGAAGAUCAGAUGAAGGGUGUCUUCGAGAAUGGCCUGGUCGUGGAGGUCAUGUUCUUGCCCUUCGCGGGGCUCCGAGAUUAUGUCGCAAUUACCUCCACGGGGAGCAGAGCCUCUCGACAGGACGCUCAGCUUGAUUGA